GACGCUGCGGGCUGCGGGCCGGGCGCUGUAAGAUGGCGGACAUCUCCCUGGACGAGCUCAUCCAGAAGCGCGGGGCCGCGGCCAAGGGGCGGCUCAGUGUCAGACCUGGAGUUGGCAGUGUUCGAGCGCGUGUCGGGCUCCAGCAGGGCCUUCUCGGCCAGCCCACACGCACAGCCACCUUCCAGCAGAGAUUUGAUGCCCGGCAGAAGAUUGGCCUGGCCGAUGCCCGUCUCAAGCUGGGAGUUAAGGAUGCCCGAGAAAAGCUUUUGCAGAAAGAUGCACGUUUUCGCAUCAAAGGGAAAGUGCAGGAUGCCAGAGAGAUGCUGAAUUCCCGCAAGCAGCAGAGCAGCACCGUGCUCCAGAAGCCCCGCCCAGUGGCUGAUGCCCGGGAGAAGAUCAGCCUGAAGCGGAGUGCCCCGGCCUCCUUCAUGAGCCCCCCCAUCGGGACUGUGACCCCUGCUCUGAAGCUCACUAAAACCAUCCAGGUUCCACAGCAGAAGGCCAUGGCACCGCUUCAUGCCCAUCCUGCUGGAAUGAGGAUCAACGUUGUCAAUAACCACCAAGCCAAACAGAAUAUAUAUGACUUGGAUGAAGACGAUGACGUCAUAGCUCCCAUUCCUAGUAAGCAGAUGAAGUUCUCAGCAUCAGGCAGCUUUCUCCACCGUGUGACUGGGGUGAGCAGUUCUAAGAUUUCCGUGGCCAAGGCACUCCCCCUCACCAAAGUGGUUCAGAAUGAUGCGUACACUGCUCCUGUUCUCCCCUCCUCCUUCCGAACAAGAGCCUUGUCCCGGACGCUGGUGAACAAGGAGGAGCCUCCCAGAGAGUUGUUGUCUGCGGAGCCUAUCUUCAGCCCGCUGGAAGGCACCAAGAUGACAUCAGUUGUACUAGACACCCAUUUAUGGAAAUCAGUGGAAAAGGCAGAACUAUCCCUCACCCAUUUAUGGCAAUCAACUGAAAAAGUAGAAUUACCCCUACAUGAAGUCAGUGGAGAUAAACACCAAACUAAUCAAGGAAAAGGUCACCAGGGAGUAGUAAAAGAUGGUCAGGAAAGUCCCUUGCAUUCUUAG